GAGGAGGGAGAGGAAUCAAACGUAUCAUAUAAUAUAUAAUAUUCAGCCUUGGUUUUUGGCAGCACCACGGCCGUCAUCAUACGCCAGGGUCUGUUAAUGGUGUGUCCAGCAGAUCUGUAUCACAUAGGAAUGCGGGGAUGCUGAGAGGCCGAUGUGUGGAAUGCGCGCGUUGUCACAGCGACAGAGCAGCUUGGAUACAGAGCGUCACAGAAAGCGUGAACGCGCACAAGAGAGAGAGAGAGUGCGAGAGAGCCGGGCAAUCAAAAACCUCAUAGCAUCUCUCCCAUUGCUCUAGCUCCCGGAAUCACGGGAAAACGACAGAGGAGCCGGUGAGCACCAUGACCGCCUUCAGUAAGUAGCUGGAAUCAAACGCUCAAGAUGCUGAUAGAUUAAACUCGAGACUUCGCUGCCAAAGUCAGCGCGUUAAAUCGGCGUUUGUUGCCGGAAAACCGUCAAAUAUCACGUCUAAACGGAAAGAGAAUCUUAAUUAGACACAUAGAGGGGAAAACAGGUCAUAGAAGUGAAUUCGUGUUUAUUAAUUUUUUUCCUCCAUAUCCGCUAUGAUGGGAGAAGCUGACUGACGUUUCCAAACAAGCUUUUCAACGGACAAAUCCAACUAGACUCCAUUUACAUCGAGCGAGCGACGCGCGAACACAAUUCUUCACUUUUGAAAUCGUUUUCUCUGAAUGUGUCUUAUGGCGGGGUGUUGUCGGGAGAAACCGUGAAACAUUUGCUGCUGUUCUCGGACAACGGAGAAUCUUGUGGUUUAUUCCGAGCUCAGGCUGAUGGAAUUGCGCUGAACAACGACUGAGAAAACAGGGAAAUACCCAUAGAUCUCCAAUAUACACAGACCUCGGAUUUCUGCCUGCGGCGCAUUCCCAGGUAAAGGAUCAGCAAUCAUCUGCGUGACCGCUUUAACUGACCCCAUGAGGACGGCUCAGGGAGAUGGAACGUAACAGACUUUUCUCUCUUAAUUUCUACAGCAUUUCCAUGAUAACUCACCAGGGCUGAGCACAACCUUAGCCCUUCGUCCACCCCAACCCUUCCACUGUCCCCCCAUUCCUGUCCUCCCUUUUCCUGCUCCCUGAAAGACCAAAACAAACAGGCAGGAUCUCUUUUUCUUAUUCGGUUAUAAUAGUUUAACUUUUUUUUGCCCUUCACUCGUGACCAAGUAAAGCGGAGGUCAAUAAACCAGCGAAGUGAAGAAAUAAGGAAAGAACGAGACAGUCAUGUAUCUGCUCCAUGCCUGUAAACGGGAUUUGGGCCAUGCCCGCAAUCCGGAGGCCACCCAUGCAAUUACUUUCCUCUGGUUGGCACUGUGGAUUGCCUUGACAUCGUGUCAGCGCAUUGAUCCUGGCACCAAAUAUCCCACUGUCACCACAAACUAUGGCAAAUUGCGUGGGAUUAAAAAAGAGCUUAACAAUGAGAUUUUGGGUCCAGUGGAACAGUACUUGGGUGUCCCCUAUGCCACAGCGCCAAUUGGAGACCGUCGCUUUCAGCCCCCAGAAGCUCCCGGGUCCUGGCAGGAAGUGCGUAAUGCUACGCAGUUUGCCCCUGUUUGCCCACAGAACGUGCAUGGUGUUUUGCCCGAGAUCAUGCUGCCUGUAUGGUUUACAGACAGCUUGGAUGUGGCUGCCACCUACAUUCAGAAUCAGAGUGAAGACUGUCUCUACCUCAACAUCUAUGUGCCCACAGAGGAUGGUCCACUCACAAAAAAACACGAUGAAUCAACACUGAACCGGCCACGGGAUGAAGACAUCCGUGACCGCAGGAAGAAACCUGUCAUGAUGUUCAUUCACGGUGGCUCUUAUAUGGAAGGAACCGGAAACAUGUUUGAUGCCAGCGUGCUUGCGGCAUAUGGCAACGUCAUUGUAGUCACCAUGAACUAUAGGCUAGGAGUUCUGGGUUUUCUUAGCACAGGAGAUCAGUCUGCUAAAGGGAACUACGGCCUCUUGGAUCAAAUCCAGGCCUUGCGUUGGCUGAAUGAGAAUAUUGGACACUUCGGUGGCGACCCUGAACGGAUCACUAUCUUUGGCUCUGGGGCUGGAGCGUCAUGUGUCAACCUACUCAUCCUGUCCCAUCACUCUGAGGGCCUGUUUCAGAGAGCCAUUGCUCAGAGUGGUUCAGCCAUCUCCAGCUGGUCCAUUAGCUACCAGCCCUUGAAGUACACCAAGAUUCUGGCCCGUAAAGUAGGAUGCACAUAUGGGGAGACCGCAGACCUGGUGGACUGUCUCCGCAGGAAAAAUUUCAGAGAGUUGGUGGACCAGGACAUCCAGCCCGCCCGCUACCAUAUUGCGUUUGGACCUGUGAUGGACGGAGACGUUGUCCCAGAUGACCCCGAGAUCCUGAUGCAGCAGGGGGAGUUCUUGAACUACGACCUUCUGAUUGGUGUAAAUCAAGGGGAGGGGCUGAAGUUUGUGGAUGAUGGGGGCACUGAGAGUGAAGAGGGGAUUUCAGCUGCAGCUUUUGAUUAUACCAUCUCCAACUUUGUGGAUAACCUCUAUGGAUACCCUAAAGGUAAAGACAUCUUGAGGGAGACUAUUAAGUUCAUGUACACAGACUGGGCGGACCGAGACAAUGGGGAAAUGCGGCGCAAGACUCUCCUCGCAUUAUUCACUGAUCACCAGUGGGUGGCGCCAGCCGUCGCUACUGCCAAACUCCAUGCGGACUAUCAGUCUCCUGUCUACUUCUACACAUUCUACCACCACUGCCAAACAGAGACUCGACCCGAAUGGGCAGAUGCGGCACACGGGGACGAGAUACCCUAUGUGUUUGGUGUGCCUAUGAUCGGAGCAACUGACCUCUUCCCCUGCAACUUUUCCAAAAAUGAUGUCAUGCUUAGUGCUGUGGUCAUGACCUACUGGACCAACUUUGCCAAGACUGGGGAUCCCAACUUGCCUGUUCCUCAGGACACCAAGUUCAUCCACACCAAGCCCAACCGCUUUGAGGAAGUGAUCUGGACCAAGUUCAACUCUAAAGACAAGCAGUAUCUCCACAUAGGCCUGAAGCCUCGCAUCCGGGACAACUACCGAGCAAAUAAGGUUGCCUUCUGGCUGGAACUGGUUCCUCACCUCCACAACCUCCACGAGGAAGUCUUCAGCACCGCCACAACCCGGCUGCCUCCGGGUCCCGCCCGUACCCCACAGGGACCCCGUACGACGCGCCAUCCCAUCCCAACCUUCCCUUCAGAACCGGAGCCAGAUAGCUCAGAGCCCCCUCGAUUUCCUCCCUUCCCAAGCGACACACGAGACUACUCUACAGAACUGAGCGUGACGGUCGCCGUUGGCGCGUCGCUCCUGUUCCUUAACAUCCUCGCCUUCGCCGCGCUUUACUACAAACGCGACAAGCGGCACGAGAUGCGACGGCACCGGCUGUCUCCGCAACGAGGCGUACCGGCUAAUGACUUAGCGCACAGCCAGGAGGAAGAGAUCAUGUCCCUGCAAAUGAAGCACUCGGAGCACGACGCCCACCACGACAUGGAGCCAUUGCGACCGCAUGAUAUUUUACGUCCCGCAUGCCCACCCGACUACACGUUGGCGCUGAGGCGGGCGCCCGACGAUGUUCCGCUCAUGACCCCUAAUACUAUCACCAUGAUUCCCAGCACCAUCACCGGCAUGCAGCCCCUCCAUGCCUUCAACACCUUCCCCACGACCACCGGUCACAACAACACCUUACCCCACCCUCACUCCACCACCCGUGUAUAGUAGCGCCACCGAACGAGAGGACUAGCUCUCAUACAUAUCCCGUUUUCUCUCUCUGUUCACCUUUUCAAGCUCCUAAACUUAAGAUGCUCUCGGUUCCGCUGACGAGUGGACAAAAUCAAAGGUUUCGUAGAAGUUGUACACACUAGAGGAGCUCUCUUCAUAGACUCUACGGUGAGCGACAGAUUCGGCCGGCGGUGACAGCUCAUCGGCCUCGUACUCGAUUCAACUUGCUGUUUGUUUUUCCACAAUGUCCUUAAAGAAGAGGGGCGAUUUACGGAGGCGUCGACGAUUGACUAAGCUGAUCUGAUGUUAUGAGGGGAAAUGAUGACAUUUUCCCACUAAAUUGGCAGAGUGCAGAUUUCAUCCGUCCUUUUCGUUUUAUCAUCCUUCUUUGUUAUUCCGUUACCAGCCAAACGCUGUCCGAAUGUGAUCUGUGUCCUUGGAUUGUUUUACAUGAAUCGUAGGGGCAUUCGAUAAAAGACAGAAGCUGGAUAUGUUGUGUUUACCUGCAGUCUUGUGUCAAGUAUUAAAUCAUACCUUGUAACAAGAGACACGGGGAAUGAGAGAAAAUGACAGCGUCUGACACGAGACGAAAACAAAGUGCCAACCUCUUCUCUUUUUCUCUCGCUCUGCCCUGUUUGUGUCAUUUUAUCACACAUAUUUGAUUUGGCAAUGUGUUGUUUCUUAGGAAGAUUUUUGUAUGUAUAAAUAUAAAGACAAAUAUAUAAAAGAAUGAUAUAAAUAUAUAUUUACAUGGAUUGCUCUGGGGGAUCUAUGCAUGAAAUAUUUUAAAGCACCAAGAAGGACACUGAGCUGUAAACUCCCACAGCAUUUUGCUUAUUUGCAUUUUUUUUUUUAAGUUUGCUUGCUUAAAAUGGUUACAGAAAGCUUCUCCCCAGUGGUGUUUUCAUCAGCAUUACUCAAACUGUAACGUCGGACCACUCUAUAGGACACAUCCAGAAAGAGAUCUAUUGGCAAUAUUCUUUCAAAUCUUGUUUUUAAUAUUCAUAUACAGUUGUUGGUGCUAUUAUUUGACCAUCAACCAUGUAGUGCUCUACCAGAGCCAUCUGUGAUGGUCCGGACAGUUGCGUAAAUACCGCAAAUGGCGAAAACAUUUGUAGCUUGGCAUCUCUUUCGCUUGGCCUGUGAUCAAUAUUCAGCUUUUAUUCGCAUUAUUUUUUCACGGCGACAAAUACAAAUGAUGGCCUCGGACGAUCUUUCUCUCUCUCUGUCCUUACUCUUUCGGUUCAGCAUCAUUUAGCAUUCGACAACCCGGUUUAAUAAGCAUCUUUUUAUGUAUUGGUCCAUGUACACACGUGAAGAGUGUGUUUUUUAGCCAAUAUGUCUGUUGCCAGGUGCCCUGAAUUAAGAGUAUACGAGAGGCACAAAGAGAGAGAGAAAGCUAGACAUUUGAGUUUGUUCAAAUCACAGACUGCGGCCCUCUGUCAAUCCUUCAGGAAAACCUACCCGGCCAUUUUACAUACAAAAGAGUUGUAUGUUGUGCUAUAGGAAGAGGCUUUGGUGUGUUUAUCCCCAACACUACAUAUCACACAUCUGUCUGCACUGCACACUUGACCUUUUUGGUUACGACAAGCACAGCAAAUAACGGCAAACCAGAUCUAUGUAGACAAAUUUUACAGAUUGUUAGACAGUUUCGUGUUCAGGUUAAAGAACGAAUGGCUCAGAAUCAACUGCAGGACUUACAUGAUCACUUCUGUUCAUGCCUUGUUAGUCUUAUUUUUCUGCCACCGCUGUCUGUGUCACGGGAGGAUGACGGUUUGUGUUUGUCUCACUGUUGGCUCAGCUUGAGAGUGUAUCGAGUCUGAGAGGCCCACGGUAUUUCUCUCAGCCAUACAGGACCAUCAAGAACUAAUGCCAGUAUGCUGCACAAUGUACUAAAACAUGAACAGACUCUAAUAGCAUCGCUGAGUGAGCAUACUGGAGGUUUAGUACGUCGUAAAAACAGAACUUUAUUCUGUGUUGUGGACUAACAGCCCGAUGGACGACAGCAACAACUGGACACUAAACAAGGGGAGACUGUACUGAGAGUCUAGAUUGGACCUGUGGAUAUGUACCAUCUGUGGACUUUUGUGUGGUUGUAGGUAUAACUAAACUCCAUUUUAAACAAACUACGAGGAGUUGACUAGAGCUGCGUACAAAACAACCUCAAUUCUAAUAAUCAAUACUGUUUUAAGAGAUGAUUUGAGAAUCUUUUGUUAUUUUCCUUGUUUGGUUUUGUACGCUCAACCACUAGAGUGUGAUGUUGUGGUACAUCCAGAAUAAAGACUCUACAUCCAUUAUGAGCCAUUCAUUGGGUCUUCAGUAGGCGUACAGUGAGAGGGGGAUAAAUAGAAUUUAACUGUACAUUUUUAAGUGUGAGAACAAAUCAACUGAAAAUAUUUGUAAAUAUUCAGUUACUUGUUUGUUUAAUGUUUUUUCCCCCUUUUGUUUUGUUUUUGUUUGUUGUUUCUUUUUUUCUGGUCGAAUGAAAUAUAAAAUACUUUGUGACCAGGACAACAGGUGCAAGUUGUAAUUCAGCCACCAGCAAAACUGAUGAAUCACAUUCGUAAGAGGUUAAAUUCACUUUCUGCUGCUUCAUUUAGUUUUGGGAUUUGUGGAUAGAGGUGAUUUAUUGCUAUAUUUGAGCAUAGAGAUUGUGUAUUAUGUAGCAUAGCAAUGUCACAUAUUUCUGCACAAGUAUGAUCGGCUGUUUGUUUCAGAUACAAAACCUGCCUGUUUUCAAAAAUCUUUAAUAUGGAGAUAUGGACUGGAACUUCUUUAUUUAAGCAAAGGAAGCACUGGAAACCAUGGUGGUUAUGAGAGGUAUUUCAUCUGCCAUGAACUUGUUGUAGCAUUAAAAUCUUACCAAAAUGCAAUCAAGACUUCAUUAAAUAUCUAAAAUAGGUGAAAAGUAUUAUUUUGUGGUCACAUUUUUACACUUAAGUAUAUACUGUUGUUAAUGAAUUAAGCGUCUAUAAAAUAAUGCCAAAAUAAAGAUGGCAUAAAAAGCGCAAGAGGAUCUCAAUAUGUCAAGCCUGAUGGUUUAAAGAUUACUGAAUAAAUGAAGCACAUGUUAUUUCUCUAACAAAAUAAACAUUUUACUGGGUCUUAAAGCAAAUUUACACCUGUUGCCCUGUUUUACUAUAUGUUCAGAAUCAGAAUGCCACACUUGAUGAAGAAUAAACAUGUUAAAAAUGGAUUUUAAAAAAAGGGGUAAAAAUAUAUAAAUAAAGUGAUGAUAUUUCUCCUUAUUUAGAAGUUAUUACACACUGUAUGCUGUGUCUGGGGAACAUUAAACAAAUUCAUAGCCAGA